AUUAGGGAUUUCGGCACUGAAACACAUGGACGUGUAACCCGGAUGUAAACUAAAGGGCUUUCUUCAAAGGAUUUGUUUUUUCUAGUUGACCAUUAUGUUUCGUAAUGUCUGUAGGCAGUUUCCAGUAACGCCGUUAAUAAACAAGAGGAUUCCAGUCCGCACUCUAAGGGUAUCAGAAAUCCGUUUUAAUGACAAGAGCGAGCAAAGUAGCACGUACAGUUUUGACAAGAGUCUAUUAAAGUACUUGGUGUGUCCUCUUUCAAAGAAGCCAUUGCGAUAUGAAGAACAAACCAAUGAACUUAUAAAUGAUGAGCUGGGAAUAGCCUAUCCUGUUGUUGAUGGCAUACCGAAUCUGAUCCCUCAAGACGCCAGAAAGAUUCACAGAAAUGAGAUGCACAAGAAUGACAGCAAGUUAGAGUAAACUGUCAUUUAGAAAUUGUGACCAGAGAGGCUGACUAAUACUUUUUGCUAAAGAUAGAAACAAUAACAUGGGGUGGUCAUUAUCAACUCUGACAGUUUUAGUUCCAAUU